GUUAGGUUAGUGUCGGGAGAGAGAGAUCCGGGGCGGCCGAGCGGGAGGAAUAUAAAGCUGGGUUGGGCUCCGGCUCACCGCAACCCGCUGAAGAUAAAGAGGCUACUGAAAAUUGAUGGAUGGAGUUGGGAAGCCACACUUUGUGUCGAUGGGAGUUGCCACUGGAAUGAGAGCUGCCAAUGAAGAACAUUGCCCGAAAGGGACAAAAGGAGUUGAAGAGAGCAAUCUUGAAGCUUUUAAGACCAGCGAGGAAAAUGAGAAGUUAAGGUGCUGGGAAAGAAUUGCCUCGGGAAAGAACACGGUCUCUGAAAGAAAGGGGAUAGAGAAUCAGAAGUAGACUUCUGUCUGGAAAAGCGGGUGCCUGCAAAAGUAUAUAAUAAUCUACAAAGGAAAAUCAUUGGCGAAUUUCACUGAAUUUUCAAAAGGAACAAUCCUCUCCCAAUUCUAAUGCCUCUGGAUUUGGCACACAGCUAUGAAUCUGAACUGUGAGGAAGGAGACAAUAUAUUUCCUGAUAACUAUGAGCAACCAUCAUCACUAUGGAAACUAAUAGAGGAAUGUGUCCCUUCAAGUGAGACAAAUGAAAUCAGGGAGAUUCUGGGAACAACUGCAGUGGACUUCAGCCUGGACUUGCAUGCAGAGGUGGCCGCUUUAUCGGAAAUAUGGCGAUUGAUGAGAGCGACCAGAUUGACAGUCUUUCGAUCACAAGUCUCACAUGCAGUCCUACCAGAGGCACCUGCCAUCAAGGGUCUGCUUCGGCAAGAGAUUCAGUUUCUGCUUUUAAAUAUUCAAAAGAAAGCUCACAAGGAAGGCAGGGAUGAGAAUGAUGUCCUUUCAUCUUACAAUCCUGACAUUGUCCGUUUUGCCAUGGAACAAAGUAAAGCUGUAAGCAUCCUUAGACCUGCAAGCACAGAGAGUUUGAUAGACAAAUGGAUGGGACUAGGAUGCUCUCAAACAAGUAACAACAGUGAGAGUGAAAGUCUUUCAGCUCUUUCCAACUGCAAGGAUAAUAUAGAAGCCAUAAAAGACAAGAUUAAUGUUAGAAAUAUUGAUGAGGUUGUGGCACAUUUACAAUUCAUUUUACAAGAGGAAUCCAAUACUUUGGAGAAACAUGUCCAGUUCUUACAGGAGUGCAUAGAAGAAGAGCAUAAGUACAGCUUGAACCUUACGACGCAAAAUGCAGUUCCAUCAAUUGCAGAACUGAAAGAUGAACGGAAAAUUCUAGAACGGGAUCUGCAGAUGACACCGUCAAUACGAAGUAUGGUACAGGUUCACAAACCGCCUGGGUGCAGGUCCUCAAAGAGAUCCAGCAGGAACGCAUCAAGACGGAACCACACAGCAGCAAGCCCAUUAGAAGGGAUUCACUACUCAGCUCUAACAGUAGAUCUGUCAGAAACAAAUCUAGAACAGAAAAUGAAAAAACACAGUAUAUCACCUGUGGAUGGAUCCAAUGCCAAUGGAACUAGGGACUCUUCUAUCAAACUGGGAUACUCUGAAGCCCUUGCUCUAUCACCACACAGGACCUCUUUAAGGGCUGUGGACUUACUGGGGCCUACUUACCAUGAAAAGGGAGCCUCAGCAAGAUGUCCUGCACCAGAAAGUCCAUGUACUCCUGGUCCUCCUUCUAAGGUGAAAAGCAAGAGUAAAGUUCAACUACAUCUAACAGAUGAUAUGUCAAGAACAUUCAGUAUACAAAAAAUUGAGUCUACACAUGAUAGAACUUGCAUAGCAGGAUCACUCUCUUUACAAGAGGAGGAAGUGCAGAAAUCACUGGCUUAUUCAGGAUCUACUAAUAAUUUCCCAGUUGGGCAACAGUCAGUCUCUUCCUCCAUCUGGACAGAUGCUCAUUGCAUCACAGAAAGUAAGAGGACUUUAUCAUCAAAUUUAAGAAGCCCUGUUGAGGUGUUAUCUUCAGUGUCAAAACAGGAUGGUCAUAUUCUUAUCCCAUCACCACCUUCAGCUGAGAAGCCCAUAGGUGCUCAACCCAGGAGCACCCACAGAGUGAGAAGAGCCCGAGUAGACAGCGUAGCUGGCAGUGCAUGAUGACUGAAUCCAGCCUGAUUGUUCCAGUGAACCAGCCUCAGUUUAGAAGUUUGAUUUGAUUUGAAUUAACCUAAAUCAGUUGGCUGCCAUUAAAAAUAAAUGUUGAGGUUCUACCCAAAGUUUCCCAUUUCCCGUUGUUUUGAUUAAUUUACUUCCAUCGUGCUACCUCAUGUUUUACUUUAAGAUGUAUGCUAAGUAAAAUAAAAAUAAAACUAGAUACAAAA